CGAGCUCCACUGUCUUCGAUUGUAAAUUCAGGUAGCGAUACAAGUCGACCGUGGAUCAAAUGUAGCUUUAUUUUCAAGCAGUAGCAUUCGGGAACGGGCUAAUCGGUGUGAUAUUUUUAAUCAGUGCAGCUUAACAGCUGAUAAAUAAAGCUCUCAUCUUCAAGCACAACCUAAGCGGCAGAUUAGGUUAUCUCCGUGACCACCACGGCCAGAUGAUCGCACGUCCGCGCUCCCUGACAGGGAUCUCGUAUUUUUUUAUUCUCUUCCGUUUCCCCGCGGAGGUAUGACCGCUCUGAUACUCGGCGUCGGCGUCGGCUUAUUCAUCAUCCUCAGCCUGUGGGUGCUAGCCGUACUGAUACUCGUGGUAUCGUUGCGCGUCGAGAAGAAGAUCGGCGUGUUCGCGAUAUUAUUCGUGAUAGUGGUCACGAUCGUUCUGACGAGCGUGCCCCGCGCGUCGGAGAAGCCUGCUUCCGUUCAGGACAAGGUGUACGAUCGGCUCUUUGUGUGGCGCACAGUGCUCCUGAUACUGUUACUCGUCUCGUCUAUAGUUUCCCUUGUGGGAUACAUCAAGUUUGGACUGGCAGAGGCUGUUCGACCAGUUAGGAUAUCCAGCUGGGUCUCUUAGAUGCUUCUUCUUUCAUGGUAUUCCUGGCUACAUGACGAGUGUCGAGAUGCCUCAGUACGUAUAGGACCUAAUUAGCCCGUUGACAUAGCGUCAGCCUUUUAUCUGCACAUCUAAAAA